AUGGGUUCUGGAGAAAAAGCCUUCAAGAGUUUUCAUUCACAUCGUUCUAAGAACAGUAGCAAACAAGGGAUCAAAGAUGUUCCAAAAGGUUGUUUAGCAAUCAAAGUGGGAUCAAAAGAAGAGGAGAAACAAAGAUUUGUGGUUCCUGUUUCUUAUUUUAACCAUCCAUUGUUCAUGCAACUCUUGAACGAAGCAGAGGAAGAGUAUGGAUUCGAGCAGAAAGGUACUAUCACCAUUCCUUGCCGCGUGGAGGUUUUCCGCUUGAUGAUGAUCAUCAUCAUCAUACAUGAGCAUGAUCAAGAUGAUGGUGCAAGCAAGUGCUAG